AUGUUCUGUGAAAAAACCCAUGUCCUCGAUGUCACCAAGUCAAUGUGCAUGUACCCAUGGCUGGAAUAUCAAGAGAGAGCUAAAGAAUUCAGAAAAGGCACAGCUCUUGUUCACCUACCCUUGUCCUGCUACCAGAUGCCAAAGGAGGAGUUCCCUCCUGGUCCAGAGCGCUGGAGAAGCUGCCAGAACAGGUCACCAUCAGUGUCUUACCGCCGCUUCCCGAGGCCUGAAGGCCACUCGCACUGGCACACUCUAUCUGAUCAGCAAGAGGAACCGAAGGCCCAGAAGAUACUGCAGACAUCUAGCAAUAACCCGAGGUCCCUCAAAGGGAGUGUUCACCUCCAAAAGCUCUAUCUCCCCAUGAAUAAGUUGACUUUAAAAGCGCAAGUAGAAUCCAAGCCCUUAGGGCCUACCUCGGAUCCCCUGAAGUGGCAAAGAUUAAAGGACCUCACACAAAGUCUGAAAUCCCCCAGAGAGGAAGAGCAACUCUACGCAGCUCAGGCUCUGGGGUGCCUGGGCAUCAGUGACACAUUUAUCAUGGAGACACUACGGGAAGUGGCCAAAACUGGUCCAGAGAAAUUGAAGUUCAAGGCCUGUCAAAGCCUGGCUCUCCUGGGUGGCCUGAGUAAGCAUGUGAUCCAAGUUCUAAUGCACCAGCUGAAAGGGCAAAACGAAGCUCGAAGAACAGAGACUCUGGUGAGCCUCCGAAUGGCCCUGAACAAGUGGAUGACUGUCCCUAAAGACAAGCGGUCUCAAGUGGGGGAUGAAGGGAAGCUGGUGGCUCUGCUCCAGAUGCUGAUGAAAGCGUUGCCAAAGGAAAUGGCUCUGGAGGCAGCCCUGUGCUUGGCUUUCCUGAGGCCCUGCAACAAGGAGGCACAAGAGUUCCUGCUGCAGUGCCUGGGCCAAGGGCCUAAGGCCCAGCGGAUGAAGGCUCUUAUGAUGUUGGUCAAGAUGCAGGUACACUCAAGUACAGUCAUCAAGGCCAUCCUAGAGCAACUGUGCUCUUCCAAUGUCCUUGAGCACCGCUUGGAAGCCACCAAGAUGCUCAAGACCAUUGGGCUGGAAAGGAUCCAGGUAGAGGGGCUGGAGAGUCUCACAUUUGACCUGCUCAGGAAGAAGAUGUAUAAUGAACCCUUCCUGGCCAUGAGGAAGGCUGUGGCUGACACUGUGGAGCAACUCAAGAUGAAGCCUAUGAUGAUGAACCUGGUGGAGGCGCAACUGAUGAGCCCAAGUACCACUGCACGCCAGGAAGCAGUCAUCUCUUUGGGUGCCCUGGGCAUCCGCAGUCCACAGGUGUACCACUUGCUCCUAGACAUGCUAGAUGCAGAAAAGAGCCAGGAAAUGAAGGAGAAUCUACAAAAAACAUUAAUCCUUUUGGCCUCAACUGAGCCCUGGAUUCGAAAAAAACUGAAGAACAAGGUCCUCUUUGUAUAUGAGGAACCUAAGACCAAGGCAAAGCCAGAGCCUACAAGAUUCCGGAAUGAACCUGAAAGCCUUGAAGAGUUAGGUAUCCAAGACUUUCAGCUUGUACAGUUAAGUCCCUUGUUUGCUGCAAAGUCCAACACCAAGAUGGAACAAGAAAAAAAGCUAAGAAUUCAGGGAAGACCUGUCUUACAACCCACCAUCAAUCCAGACUUGCAUGCAGCCACUGUCUUCCCACCCUCUUUUUCUAAAUCAGUAAAAGACAUGUCACAAGCUAAAGGACCCUGGAAGCCAAAUUUCAGAUGA